CCAUGCUUAGUUUAGUUUAAUUGAUGUAAUUUUAUUGGGCUGUCAAGCUGUUACUAUUAUUUUAUCUUUUUCAUGCCGUGAGAACUGCGUGAGUGAAGUAGAUGUGAUAUUUGUGAAACACUUUUUUGUGAUUAGGAUUUUAAUUAAAAUGCUUGGACAACAUGUUGUGACCAUGCUUGAUUAGGAUGUCAAACUCAUACUCUUGUUUAUGAUCUUUUGUUUUCAAUGUACAACAAUCUUCAAGUGUACAGUAUCUGUUUGUGCCGUGUUUCGAGGCAUCACACAUGCUGAAUGAAUUGACCACCUUACCGAGACCUAAUACCGUUUCAGUUGAAGAUGUGAAUUGAUGAAAGAGCACUUGAAUUGAUCUAUUUGUUAACAUGAUUAUUCCUUGACAUUUUAGAGGAUUUAAUUACUGCUGGAAGCAUCUGCCUGAAAGCCAUCCCGGGGUGUUUGUCUCAAAGCAAUUAUACAUCAAGAAGACAGUAAGGCUUGCUUUUGCCUGGAAAAUGAGUUUGAUUCUGAAGUUGCUGAGGCUUCUAUUGCUUUAUAGACUGCUUUCUUGUCCUGUCUCAGCCAAGACUCAUCACCAUAAGUUUUUUAUAACAGAAGCUAACUACACUCGACUUUGUCAAACAAAGAGCAUUAUGACAGUGAAUGGACAGUUUCCGGGGCCAACUAUAUAUGCUCGCAGGGGUGACACCAUCAUUGUGAAUGUUGUCAACCAUGUGGAAUCCAACAUCACCCUCCACUGGCAUGGUGUUCAUCAGCCAAGGAACCCUUGGUAUGAUGGCCCGGAAUACAUCACACAGUGCCCUAUCCGGCCUGGCCAUGAGUUCAGCUAUGAGAUUCUUCUCUCCGAUGAGGAAGGUACCAUUUGGUGGCAUGCACACAGUAACUGGGACAGGGCUACUGUCCAUGGCGCCAUCUUUGUCUACCCAAAGCUUGGUUCAUCCUUUCCCUUUGCCAAACCUUACAAGGAGAUUCCCAUCAUACUGGGCGAGUGGUGGAAGGACGAUGUCAAUAAAGUCUUGGACUACGCCCUGCACACUAGAGGUGAUUCUAACUCCUCUGAUGCUUAUACCAUCAACGGUCAGCCAGGAGACCUCUACAAUUGCUCCAAACCAGGGACAUUCACUGCACAAGUUGAGUAUGGCAAGACCUACCUCCUCCGAGUGAUCAGCGCUGCCAUCAACAAUGAACUCUUCUUUGCCGUUGCCCAACACCAGCUCACAGUGGUUGGCGCUGAUGGCAGUUAUACCAAGCCAUUCAACACAGAUGUCAUCAUGAUCAGCCCCGGCCAAACAAUAGACCUGUUGCUUGUCGCUAAUCAAAAACUCAAUACAUCAUCACCAUCAUCCGGCAACCGUUAUUACAUGGCGGCUUCGCUUUAUGGAGAUGCACCAGGAGUGAAGUAUGAUAACACCACCACUACCGCCAUAUUAGAAUAUGUCACUCCCGGAAGUAACAAAACAUUUUUAGACUCAACACCAACCCUCCCAUCUCUACCAACUAAUAAUGAUACAGAUGCUGUCACCACUUUUGUCACUCAGCUUCGGAGUCUGGCAAGCAAAGAGCACCCCGUUGAUGUCCCACAGACAAUCAAUGAACGGUUGAUCAUAACUGUAUCUGUGAACGUACUUCCAUGUGAUGUGAAUUAUACAUGCCUUGGUCCUUAUAACAUGAGCAUUUCAGCUAGUCUAAACAAUAUAAGCUUUGAAGACCCAACGACCACACCGAUACUAGAUGCUUACUACCAUCAAAUUCCAGGGGUUUUUGAAGAAGGGUUUCCUUCUAGGCCUCCUUUUAGUUACAACUUCACUAAUGAUGACUUGCCGAAAUAUUCCAUGAUACCAAAGACGGGGACAGAGGUGAGGAUGGUGGAGUAUAACACAAGCAUAGAACUGGUGUUUCAAGGGACCAGCCUAUUGGCUAUAGAGAACCACCCCAUGCAUUUGCACGGUCAAAGUGUCUAUAUGGUCGGAAUGGGCUUCGGUAAUUUUGAUGAGCAAAAAGACCCUCAAGGUUACAAUCUUGUGGACCCACCAUUCCUGAACACUGUUGGGGUUCCCAAGGUUGGAUGGACCGCUAUAAGAUUCAAAGCAAAAAAUCCUGGUGUUUGGUUCAUGCAUUGCCACGUGGAUCGGCAUCAAAGCUGGGGAAUGAAUACUGUGUUCAUCGUGAAGAAUGGUGCGACACCUGAGUCCAAGAUUUUGCCCCCUCCUAAAGACAUGCCGCAGUGUUAGAGAAACAUGUUGUUAAUUAGCAAAUCAUGUAGC